AUGCAACGGACGACGACGACGGCGACGCGACAGGGGCUAGACAAGGUCGCCACAGAAGGUAGCAGGACAGCACCUACUGCUCAACCAACAUACCCCCUCCUCAAGAUGACCCUCGUCGCCAUGUGCAAUCUCACCAUGAUCUACUCAACCCUCAUAUGGAUUCCCACCUGGCUCAACUCCUACACACAUCAAGCCGAUCAAAAGCAAGACACCACCAACAACAACAGCACAACUCUUCAGAACGCCCCGUUGCCAUCACUCUCAUGGACACUGGUCACACUCUUCGGUCUCCAGACAGUGUUGGGGUUGGUUCAGUGGAGCCUACACUCAUCUUCCAACAAAGGAGCCAAGAAGAGCAGCAAAGGUGGUGGUUCUUCGUCUUCUGUCUUCAGUGUCCUCAACACCUCAAUCGCUAUUGGAGCUGUCGGGACUCUGAUCUGCCACGUCUUUGCCGUCCUCUUUGGCGCCGGCAUCUUCAACCAAGCAAAGGAGACGAGUCAAUUGGCGGUAUACCUUUCAUUGCUGACGUUCUACCCUGCUUCUUUCGUCUUGGGAACCGAUCUGAAGAGCUGGCUCAGGAUCUUUGUCCACAACAGCCCAGGAACAUAUACGGAGGCAGCGUUUUAUUGCCAGGGGAUGAUGGCGAUCUUUGGUGCCUGGUUGGGCUCGAUCGUGAUCCCACUGGACUGGGAUCGUCCGUGGCAGGCGUGGCCCGUUCCUUGUGUCCUUGGAGCGUUUAUGUUUUAUUGUAUUGGGACAGUGGUUGGACUGGUAGUCAGCGUUGUGAUGCGCCAAAGGGCAGCUAGGAACGAGUUUGGCAUUGGAUCAGGAGCUGGAACUGCACAGGCAGGAAGUAAGAAGAACAAGUCUCAAUAG